AUGGGCGUAUGGACCAAUUUACCGCAGCUUCCCCAUAGGCUGGUGGAAAUUCGGGUCAAUUGGGCCCAUGGGCUGGAUGGUGGCCCAUUACUGUCUCCGCUGCCUAUAUAUAAUCUGAUCCGGCCCCUUUUUUCCCGCCACUCCUCUUACACUGUACCCCAGUCGCUCCUCCGAUUCCUCCUCCUCCUCCUCCGGCUCCCGGCGACGAGGCUGUGGGUCGACAAGUACCGGCCGAGAGCUUUAGACAAGAUCAUCGCCCACGAGGAAAUCGCCCAGAACCUGAAGAAAUUGGUGUCGGAGCAUGACUGCCCCCAUCUCCUCGUCUAUGGGCCGACUGGUUCCGGCAAGAAAACCCUAGUCAUGGCCCUUCUUAAGCAAAUGUUUGGCCCUGGGGCUGAAAAGGUGAAAUUGGAGAACAAGAUGUGGAAGAUCGAUGCUGGUACACAAAUGAUAGAGCUGGUGUUGACGAUGUUAUCGAGCACACAUCAUGUUGAGAUGAAUCCCAGCGAUGCAGGUUUCCAGGAUAGGUAUAUUGUUCAGGAGAUUAUCAAGGAAAUGGCAAGAAACAGACCUGUGGAUACUAAAGGCAAAAAAGGGUUCAAAGUAUUGGUGCUGAAUGAAGUUGACAAGCUGUCAAGAGAAGGUCAACAUUCUCUCCGUAGAACAAUGGAAAAGUAUAGUGCAUCAUGCAGGCUAAUCUUGUGCUGCAACAGCUCAUCAAAAGUAACGGAGGCUGUCAGGUCUCGCUGUCUGAACAUUCGAGUGAAUGCACCUACUGAAGAGCAGAUUAUCAAAGUAUUGGAGUUCAUUGGCAAGAAGGAAAACCCGCAACUUCCACCUGGAUUCACAGCACGUAUAGCAGCUCAAUCAAACCGUAAUUUAAGAAGAGCAAUAUUGUCUUUCGAGACCUGUCGAGUGCAGCAGUAUCCAUUCACCAUAAACCUGGCAUUGCCACCCUUGGAUUGGGAACAAUAUGUUUCUGAAAUAGCAUCUGAUAUAGUGAAGGAACAGAGUCCUAAAAGGUUAUUUUCAGUGCGUGGAAAAAUAUAUGAGCUUCUCGUUAACUGUAUCCCUCCUGAAAUCAUUUUGAAGAAGUUGCUGUCAGAAUUAUUGAAGAAAUUGGACUCAGAAUUAAAGCAUGAAGUUUGUCAUUGGGCUGCAUAUUUUGUCAGGUGGCCUUGGGUUGGGGUGGUUCCGGUCAGAGCAAUAGAAAGCCAUGAUGACAAUUGGUGGUCAGAAUAAUGGAGGUCCAACAAAGACGAAAUGAGUUAAGAGAGAUGAAAGAAGACAUUUGUUCUAAUUAUUGAAGAUUUUAAACAACAUUUGUAAGUAACACUCACUACAAAUGGGAUUAAAGAAAUUGUAGAAGAUAGUGAGGGGUAUCUAUUUGAGUCUCUUAGAAAUGGGGAUGUACUGAUCAAGUCUGAGUUUUAGUAUCUACAAUGCGGUGUAUGAUUCCGACACGUCAUGGCUUGGCUGAACUUGGUCAGACUUGGGCAACACUAGCCAUCUAUGUUGAUUUUGGCAAUUCAAGUAGAGGAAGAGGCACAAUCCUUGAAGGCAAGGUCUGUGGCUGGAAACUUGUAUUGUUUAGGAGAAAGAAGCUUUAAGAAGGCUGGGUGUUUACAGAAAC